AUGUGGGAAUUGGCGGAGGAAAUGAAAAUGCUAGAAGGGUGCUUCACUUCGGACACAAUGACGAAAAUCAUGAGGCGUCUUGUAAAGGGCGGAAAGUACGAGGACGCGAUCGAGGCAUUCGAAAGUAUGGAAUUAUUCGGAAUUGAAAAGGAUAUAAUUGCCUUAAAUAUAUUAAUCUACAAGUUAGUAGAACAAGGCAGUGUUGAGCACGCCGAGGGAGUUUAUUUCAAAUUUAAAGAUAAUAUUCCUCCGACUAAACAUACCUACAAUAUGCUGGUCCGCGGUUGGUGCAGAAUCGGGCAAAUCGAGACGGCUAGAAAAACCGUGGACGAGAUGCGGGCCCACGGCUUCCGCCCUGACACUGUUACCUACACUAGCUUCAUCGCGAGCUACUGUCGCGAAAAGGAUUUUCGUAAAGUUGAUUCCACUUUAGUGGAAAUGGAGAGAGAUGGUAUUAAUCCCAAUGUGGCGACCUAUACCAUCAUGAUGAAGGCCUAUGGAAAAGCAAAGGAAAUAAAUAAAGCCAUGGAGAUUUAUGAAUUGAUGAAGACUAACAAUUGCCCGCACAAUGCCCCGUUCUACACCGCCUUCAUUAGUGCUCUGAGUCGAGCAGGCAGGGUUGAAGAUGCUGACGAGGUUUUUGAUGACAUGUCCAAGCAAGGGGUGGUUCCCGAUGUGUGGACUUACAAUAUGCUUAUUAUCAUUGCCUCUAAUGGGUCUCAAGAGGAGAAGGCACUUAAUUUGCUUAAGCAAAUGGAGGAAAAUAAAUGCAGGCCAAAUAUCUAUACGUACUCGCCCUUAUUGAAAAUGUGCUGCAGGUUGGGGAGAAUGAAGGUGCUCUCGUUUUUGUUGGGUCACAUGUUCAAAAACGACGUGAGCCUUGAUCAGGGGACUUAUUCGCUUUUGGUCAGACGGCUGUGUGGGAGUGGGAAUGUGGGUAAGGCGUGCUCAUUUUUUGUGGAGAUGGUGGAUAAGGGUUUUGUACCGAAGCAUUUUGCGUAUAAGAUUUUGGUGAAAUUUCUCGAUAAGAAGGGUUUGAACGAGGAGAAGGAACGGGUCGAAAAAGUGAUGAACCGGGCUUAA